AUGCCAAGACUGUCGGUGACCACCACCACCACCACCACCACCACCACCACCACCACCACCACCACCACCACCACCACCACCACCACCACCACCGCCGCCACCACCACCACCACCACCACCGCUGAGUCGCUCACUGGCGGUCUCACUUACCUUCUCCAUUCUCAUAACCGGGUACACGUCCGAGCUUGCCUACUGACUGGUGGUGAGGUUAGACGGAAUUGCUGACUACUCCUUGACAUCCCUCUUAAGCAGGCCAGACGUAUUCAUGACAAUAGUUUGUAGACGAGAGACGGACCUCAUGGAGAAUAUAUUCGAAUAAGGGUAUGCUGGUGUCGCGGGUGUUAACAUUAGAAGACACAUUUGGAGUGGACCACGAAGUGAUGACGCGAGCAGACAGUUUGGAGAGAUAUGCACUGUGUUAGCGACCGUUUCGGUUCACGAGGGCGAAACAUUCUGCAUCAUUACAACACUUCUCACUGGCGGCAGAGGGUUCACAUGAAAAAAUGGAGGUCAAAGUUAAGAGACUAGUAGUUAGCAAAAAAACACGGCCACUGUGUGUACAGGAAGGAAUAGAGGAGCAAAGUAGGAGGAUAAGUAGGGUUGGUGCCAGGCAACAAAUCUGAGUAAAUUGCGGGAGGCACACUGUUUUUGGAGAUGGCUGGCCUCUUGGGAGUGAUGUAGGAGGUUCGAUAUGACCCACCUUUGACCAGUCGAUUUAGGCUGCGGCAAACAGUGAGAUACUUGGCAGUUCGUAAUAUAACGAGGAAAGGUCCAUCAUACAAAAUCUCAUUGACUGAUGUAGGCCAUCUCAUUGAUGUUUGAUGCUCUUAAAAAUUGAAUUAUAUUUCAUGAAAAAAUGCAUAAAAAUAUUCAUUCUUUUACUAAUUCGGCAAAAAAUUACGUCUUUUUUAAUUUUAUAGUCGGAGGAGGAGUAUAAUUCGCUUUAA